AUGGAGAAUAUGAUGAUCGACAAGAGCGAUGACUAUGGCGUGAUGGAGAUACUGAUUUACAACGCCAAGGAUGCGGACCUCUACGCUUUUGUGAUCAGGCCUAUGAAGAUCUGUGAAAGGCUGGAAGCGCUGGCGGGAACGUCGAGGAGCACCAUGUGGGACGCGAUCGCGGGGAAUUUGGGCGUCAUGACGAACUGCAUCACGACCUCCGUGAGGAUCUCAGCGAACACCAUGUUGCAUAUGAGGACGGUCUCCGGUUCCGACGAGAGCUUAUUUGAUGACACCCUCAUCCUCAACCAGUCACCGGGCGCCACAAGGCGUCAUCGUCAUCAACGAGAAUUCCUUGCAAGGCUCCAUCAUGUCGAAUCUGGGGACCUCCAUCGACAGGGUCAUCUCAUCCCCGACCUUGCAGGGGAUAUCCGAGAGAUUCGGGUUCCUGAAGUCUGA